AUGACUAGAAAUGGAGAGCUUAAGAUUUCUUUGAUAACGGCACGUGGUUUUCAUAACAAUGAUUUUAUCAAAGAUGUAAAUCCUUAUGUCAUUGUUAAGUAUACUUGGGCACAGACUAAAGUAAGCCGAGUAAGCUAUGCACCAACAGUGUAUGGAACUGACCCAUGGUGGAAUGAUAUAUUUUAUUUUGAUACUACUAAUAAUUGUAUUAAUGUACUUCAAAUGAAAUUAUAUGAAAAUGCAACACACAAACUUAUUGGCAUUGCAGACAUUCCUUUAGAUAGUGUGUUCUUUGUGGAUAGUGUUCCAGAAACAGAUUAUCAGAUAUUUAAUGACCAUGGUGUAUAUGUUGGAGACAUUUAUGUGGCCCUUGCUUUCACUCCUCACCAGGAGGAUUAA